CUGUGAUCUCAGAGGAGAGAGUGUGGCUUUUUUGUUCGGCUUGUUCAAUGUCGUUGUUUCCCUGUUCGUUGAGGAUUUCUUUGUGUUCCUUCCAAGCGAGUUAAUCUGUCCGAGUGAAAGCUUCAUCACAGUAUCUGUUUCUUCGAGUGAUAUGUGGUGAUCAGUCGAAUAUGUUUUCAUUUUCCCCAGAGAGCGUUUUCAGUAACUUCAUGUUUCCAUCGUCAAGGAUAAAACUCCUCUAUAAUAUCUAAAUUUACCUGCAGGCAGGCAGUAGGUUGUUUUUCUGGGAACGAUUUUUUCCUUUGUAUUGGCAAUCUUCUUUAUUAUUUGAGUUCUUGCUCUUCGUGUGCUGCACUAGUGUCCGGAAUCGGAGCACCGACGCAGUAGUGUUCACAGCAACUGUGGGUCUCAACACACUCCUGACACUUUAAACGCACGUCAUACUUGUGCCUAUAGUUUCUUGAUGAAAACCUUACUGCUCGGUGUAUGUUUUCUUUCUACUUGUUCUCGCCAUCAUCAUCCUAAGCUCAUCGAUAUAGAAAGUUUUCCGUAGAGCACGUGAACUUGACAACUACAUAGAUACUAUACCGACAAGAGAGCAACAAAAUGGCGACGUUAGGGAGCUACAUUCCGUUUUUAGGCCCGAAAAAAACGGGGAAAGAGUUCGUCCCCCCUCCAAGUUUCCAAGAAGGAAAGAAGGGCACGGGCAUCUUUCGUGCUCAGAGUGGUUUGGCCUUGUUUCGCGAGAAGCCAGAGAUCGACUUGCUGCGAGAGGAUGACGAGUGCUUGCCGGAUGAGUGGGAGGUGCUCUUUGACACCGAUACGAGGCACGAAUACUAUUUCAGCCGAAGAACUGGCCAGUCCACGUGGGAGCGACCAGUGUUGAUGCAACCGUUGGUGAUUCACAAAAGCAAGACGCCGAGUGAGGUCUCAAUGCGCAGUCGCUCGUCUCAUAAAACUAUACCGAAAAAAGAGGAGGCACGCAUGGCAUACACAAACGCAGACAAACACAGAAUACCGCUAGACGAAGGACCUGUCUAGUACUUCUAGAUCAUGUUGAUGUUGAUCCUUCUGAGAGUCCUCAUGCUUCCGCCUCUUCACCUGAUCGAUUAUGUAAAAAUACUCUUACCAGCUGAGUAGAGCUGAAGUAGCACUAGAAGUAGUCUCUCUGUUUAGUUAGUUUGUGAGUUCGUUAAAGAAACUGCGAGAUGAACUUCCGCUUUCCUCUACUGUCGUAAUGAUUGCUUAAUAUGUGACGAUGUGAGCAGUCAGUGCUAGAAUAAAAUUAUACUAGACGAACAACUGCUUCAUCUGCUAAACGAUGACACUGACAAACUUACAACAGCUACAUGGACUUUCUCGGCGUGGUGAGUGGUGAGUUGCGGAACAACCGCAUUGAGAGGCCUAGUCGACAGAAGAAACCGCUUUGGCGUGUAAUUCGUCGCGAGUCUGGCAUAACAGAUCAAGAAAUGGAAUACCUCUUGCGGAACCCUGACAAUCCUGGAGUCCCGCAUCGAAAUCUCCAUGUCGCGCUUAACAUUAUGGCCCUCAUUCUCUCAUUGAUUUAGAUCUGUUUCGUCUUGCCGAUGGUAAAGAGUGACCAUUUGAGACGCAAUGAAGAUGAUGAUUUAGAUUCGAUAGACGUUGCACGUAAGAUUAACACGUAAUUAUUGUUCGUCGUUCUAUUUCCGGGUGCGUCUUGCCUAAAGAUACUAGGUUGUAAUACUUAAAUAGCUUUGGCCUCUCAAACUCAAUACUUCUCGUUUUUGUUUUUAUCAGAAUCAGGGACCCAGAUGCAUAGUAUUCUGGGGUUGUCUCGCUACUACCAGUGUAAGUGAAACGUUCACCAAAAAUGAUACAAAUAAUAGCGAGCUCUAAUCAGAAAUUCUACGAGACGUACACGAACCCGAAGGACCGGACGAUGGACGAGCUGAUGAACUUCUUAAUGCAAUUUGAGAAGGAAUCCGUCCUGCAGGCCACCUCAAUAUGCAAAUUCGACCCCUUGGAUUUCAUCGACUGCGUUAGAGAAAGGUACUUCUCUUUGUUUUGCGUUGUUUAUUUCAAGCGAAAGUGUAUCCAUUUGUGCCGAUUUUUUUGGUGAAUUUCGGAUAUCUAUCUAGUAACUACCGGCGUGCUGAAAAAAUCAAGACUGAUUAUUGUGGAGAACCAAUAUCACUACCUCUACCGCUUACUUUGUACCUGCUGCGUCCUCUUUGUCCUAUUGCUCUUCCCUUGUUCAUCCUCGACCACAACCAGUAGUUGUGGAAGUACAACCUAAAAUCGAUUUUCAGGUGGAAUCUCGUCGACCUUCCUUGUGAUAAGACGAGCUUGAAUCAGAUAGCCACGGCCUUCACCGGUCUCAUUAGUUUACGUGAUGUCACCGACGCCAGGCGCGUUGUAAGAGAAGAGACGGUAUUGAUGGAAGCAGAUCCGAACGUGCAUCUUCAAGCCAACAUCAAAACUUCCGCAGACCUUGUGAACAAGCCGAAGAAAUGAUGAAACAGAUCGACAUACACACUUACAUAUUACACAUACUAGAUUUUUCUGUACCCGCCUGAAAUCAUGAAUCCUUACAAUGUAUUUUAAGAAAAUGAAGCUGUCGCCGACUCUUCAAACAUCGCAGUUAGCAGAUCCACAUGAAUCCUGGGUUAGGUGUUGAAGUAACGAUACUUGAUGCGCAUGGGGGGACGCGCAUCAUUGUAUACAUAAUUGGCAUAGCAUCCUCCUGUUUAUUCACAAGAAAAUUUGUUUAUGUGCCGCAUGUAAUGAACAGAGUGAAGGAGAUAAUUGGUGAUUAACUUAAUGAGUAUGAUGAUACACAUGCACAGAUAAUUAAUGAAUCUUGAUGAUGCUGUUGGCAAUCGCAGUGGGAUUGCACCUUAUGGCAAGAAAAUGAAAUACCAAGCAAAGACACUGAAAGCGUAGAUGCGGAGCAUACAACGCGAUCUAUAAUCAUGCUCACUUUUUACCAAAAAUGAUCUUUAGAGGCUUUAUUUCGCGAAUGCGAAUAAAGAAGAACACUG